CCGAAAAACGAAGAACAGCAAAAUUCCUUCUUCCCUGUCCCACUCCGAUCAUGGAUGGAGAAGAUUACAGUGAUUACAUGGACGACGGCGACGACGAUGAACCCAGUGAUUACAUCGACGAGGACGACGAUGAACAAAGUGAUUACAUCGAGGAGGACGACGACGAUAGAAACACCAAAGCCGCCGCCGCCGCCGCUUUCUCGACGCUCAGCAAAGUCGACAUCGAGCGGCGCCAGGAGGCUCUGAUCGCGGACGUUUCCACCCUCCUCUCCGUCCCGAGAGCCGUGGCGAUCGCGCUCCUCGUCAAAUUCAAGUGGGAUUCGGACACGGCCCAGGAGAACUGGUUCUCCGACGAGGAGAAGAUGCGCCGCUCCUACGGCCUGACCGCGGAGGCGGACGGUGGUGGUGGUGGGGUAGAGAGUCGUGACGAGUGUCAGAUCUGUUUCGAGAGAUUCGAAAUCGAGGAGCGAGCCUCGCUCUCCUGCGGCCAUUCCUUUUGCAGGAUCUGCUGCUCGACGUACAUCGAGCUGAGCAUCGACGACGGCGGCGCUGGAUGCCUGACUCUCCGGUGCCCGGAGCCCAAUUGCCCUGCCUUGGUCUGCCAGUCCGCCGUUGGAACCCUAGUCAGCGACGGCCGGUACGUGGAGAAAUACGCCAGGGUCCUCCGCCGGUCCUACAUCGAGGGGAAAAAGGGGCACAAGUGGUGCCCUGCUCCCGACUGCGAGACGGCGGUCGAAUUCCAGAUCGGCGAGAAGUCCAACUACGACGUCGUGUGCGAUUGCUCGCACGAGUUCUGCUGGAACUGCGCGGAGGACGCGCACCGGCCCUUGAAUUGCGCGACGGUGGAGAAGUGGAUCCGGAAGAACAGGUCCGAUUCGGAGAACGUGAAUUGGGUGCUGGCGAACACGAAGCCGUGCCCUAAGUGCCGCCAGCCGAUCGAGAAGAACCAGGGCUGCAACCACAUGUCCUGCAAGUGCCGGUUCGAGUUCUGCUGGAUGUGCCUGGCCGACUGGUACAACCACGGCGGCGGCGGCGGGGGAGGGUACUACGCCUGCAAUUCGUUUGCGGUGCAGCAGAAGGCGGGGGGGAAAUUGGGCGAGGAGGAGACGAGGCGGGAGUUCGCGAAGCGGCUGGUGGACCGGUACGCGCACUACUUCGAGCGGUGGGGGGCGAAUCGGAAGGCGAGGAAGAGGGCGGCGGAGGAUCUGGAGAAGCUGAGGAGGGAGCAUUUCGCGCAGCUCGUUUCCGACUACGGGCUGGCGGAUUCCGAAUUGAAUUGCGUGGGCAGGGCGUGGAUGCAGAUCAGGGAGUGCCGGCGGGUGCUGGAGUGGACCUAUGUGUACGGGUACUACCUGGCGGAGGAGGUGGAGGAGGAGGAGGGCGGCGGCGGAGGGGGGAGGAAGAAGGUGAAGAAGGAUUUGUUUGAGUUUUUGCAAGGGGAGGCAGAGGUGAGCUUGGAGAGGCUACAUAAGUGCGCGGAGAAGGAUAUUUCUCCGUUUAUUAAGGCCGCCGCCGCCGGCGGGGGAGAACGAGUGGUGGAGGAGGCGGAGAAGCAGGAGUUCUUUGAGUACAGGUUGAAGCUGCAGGAGCUGACCAGUACGACGGGGAACUUCUUCGAGCGGCUGGUGAGUGGGUUGGAGAAUGGGUUGGACGUUGGAGGAUGUAAAGCCGUGAAUUAGAGUUAGUUUAGGAUUAUUGUUAUUAUCAAGUUAAUUAUAGCAAAAAUCCUUUUUGAAGGUUAGCAACAUUUAUUUUUAUAGGACUUUUUUAUGAUUUGAAUUCGAGUAAGCGUUUUAGUUUGAGUAUUUAUUUGAUCGAUCAUUGGUCAAUAAAAUGUGAAUUUCAGG